GCACGGUUCUCCUAAUCUCCUGGGAAGAAGACCCAAUUCCAAAAGAAGAAACCAAUGAGCAGCUGCAGCAGACUUGUGAGAAAUGGCGGCAAAGCCUGCCUCCGUCGGCUGCUGGAGAGACGCUCGGUUCUUGAUUUCUAUGUUUUAACUGAAGCUGCUCCGACUGUGUCAAAGCAACAACGGAGAGCUUUCGCUCGAUCUCCUGUUCUCUUCAGGAAGUUCAAAGAGUCGGGAAUUACUUCGCCUCUCUAUGCUUCCUCUCUGUCUUCUACAUCUUCGAAGAUUGGGUUACUGAGCUGGUAUUUGGGCAAGCUUCAGUAUCGUCCUGUCCUCACCAAAAGCAUCACUUCUGCCCUCAUUUAUACGGGUGCCGACUUGACCUCCCAGAAAAUGACUCAGGCAGCUUCAGAACCUUUUGACCCAAUAAGGACUUUACGCAUGGCUGCAUAUGGAAUGUUAAUUGUAGGACCUUCGCUUCAUUUCUGGUUCAACUUUGUGUCCAAAAUCCUACCCAAGCAGGACUUGGUCACUACCUUUAAGAAAAUCUUCAUUGGGCAGGUUACCUAUGGACCUUGCAUGUCUACUGUUUUCUUCUCUGUGAAUGCAGCUCUACAAGGUGAAAAUGCGGCUGAGAUUAUUGCCAGAUUGAAGCGAGACCUGCUUCCUACAAUGAAAAGUGGUCUUGUAUACUGGCCAGUUUGUGAUUUUGUCACGUUCAAAUUCAUCCCUGUUCACCUACAGCCAUUGAUCUGCAAUUCAUUUGCAUAUUUGUGGACCAUUUACCUGACAUACAUGGCAAGCUUAGAGAGAGUAAAGGCGGAUUAGCAUCUGAGCGAAUUUCCUCUUUUGUUUCUCAAAUUCCCAGCAUCAAUUUUGUGAUCCAUUGCACCUCAGGUCACACCACUAUAGCUGGCAGACAACUCAGCUGCUAAUGCCACCAUGGAUUAAAAGUUUUCAAGUUUCUGCAGGGCUUCCUGAAUAGCAGAAGGCAUGUUUAAGUUGCAGUAUUACUUAGAGGGCUGAUAAGGCCAAGCGUGAGCAUCAGUCCCAGUUAAAGCUUCAGAAGAAUUGCUAGAACAUUUUUACAGGAUUCAUACAAUUGUAAUUUUUGGGUUUUUACAAAGGGGGUAACAUGAUGGAUCUUGAGAACAGUUAUUCUUUAUACCUUUAUCAAAUGUUUAGACUUUCCUCUCUCUCUUUGUGGUAAUAUACAAUAGUUAUCAGGGAAUUGUUAUUUCUGCU